UCGUGGUAGGGGAAGAGCAGGAAGGUUAAAAAGCCGAUCUGACCCGUCCUUCUUCCUCACCGACGACUCGGCCCGGGCUUGUCGAAACUCUGCCUCCUCCGAUCACUCACACAUCCCUGACUGUACAUAUUCGUGGAGGCUUUUAGUUUUCGUGGACCAUGGCAACAUUGAGAACGUUGAGGAAACUCUGCCAGCAAGCUCAUCAGCAGGCAUGCAGCCUCCAUGUGUCCGCUACAAGACAGGAGGCUGUGGUGAUCUCGGGCAGGAAGUUGGCACGACAGAUCCGGGAGGAGGCGCGGGUGGACGUGGAGGACUGGGUUGCCUCGGGCAACCGGCGGCCGCACCUCAGCGUGGUGCUGGUGGGCGCAGACCCGGCCAGCCACUCCUACGUGCUCAACAAGACGCGAGCAGCUGCUGAUGUUGGCAUCAGCAGUGAGACCAUUCUGAAGCCCUCCAACAUCAGUGAGGAGGAGCUGUUGGACCUCAUCCACAAACUCAACCUGGACCACCGGGUGGACGGCCUCCUGGUACAGCUACCACUGCCUGAGCACAUUGAUGAGCGCCGUGUGUGUAACGCUGUGUGUCCGGAUAAGGAUGUGGAUGGCUUCCACGUGGUGAAUGUGGGCCGCAUGUGUCUGGACCAGUCCACCAUGUUGCCCGCUACGCCCUGGGGAGUGUGGGAGAUCAUCAAGCGCACCGGCAUCCCCACGCUGGGCAAGAACGUGCUGGUGGCCGGGCGCUCCAAGAACGUGGGCAUGCCCAUCGCCAUGCUGCUUCACACGGACGGCCGGCACGAGAGGCCUGGAGGUGAUGCCACAGUGACCAUCUCCCACCGCUACACCCCCAAGGAACAGCUUCGUCAGCACACCAAAAUAGCCGACAUCAUCGUAGCCGCAGCAGGCAUUCCUAACCUCAUCACGGCGGACAUGAUCAAAGAGGGGGCGGCUGUUAUCGACGUGGGCAUCAACAGGAUACAGGACCCCCUGACUGGCAAAGACAGACUGGUGGGAGACGUGGACUUCGAAGGAGUGCGCCAGAAGGCCAGCUUCAUCACCCCGGUGCCCGGCGGCGUGGGACCCAUGACGGUGGCCAUGCUGAUGAAGAACACCAUCAAGGCGGCCAAGAACAUGCUCCUCACCCCCCCAGAGCGCGUGCGCAUGGUGGCCACCUCCUAAUCUACACCCACUCCCUCCCCUGACCCUAAUCCUCCACCCCCCCACCCCCACCCCAUCCCCAACCAAGAACACGCUCCUCACCGCCCCAUCCAGACCGAUCUCCACACACACACACACACACACACACACACACACACACACACACACACACACACACACACACACACACACACACACAUACACAUUCACACUGCCCAGUGAACUGUCCCUGUCCCUACACACAUGCCCGUCCCUGGACACUAGUGCUCAUUCCCCCCCAUGUGCGGCUGGUAGCCUCCGCCAAGCCCUCCACCCCCCUCACUCCACCUCCACCCCCCCACGACCACCUUUCCCUUCCCCAGGACACAGAUACACAUUCCACCCCCCUGCACCUGCUCUGCAGAUGGAGUGUGAGGCAGGCAGGCAGAAAGGCGAUAGCUUUAACUUCUAUUUUUAUACCCCCCCAACCCAAAACCUGUCUGGUCUGAACCCAGCCACCUCCUACCCACCCAGUCGUGUUUGAGCUGCCCUCCGCCAACAUGCUCGCACACUUAUGCCGUGUA